GCAUUUCAUUACCGCGUGAAAACCCCGUCCGUCAUUACCAUCCCACGCCACGUCUUGUCUUUCUUCUGUUUGCUUAAUCGGUAAGGGUCUGUCUGACGAGGAGACGCAGCGCAGAGAAGAGAAAGGAAAGAGAGAGAGAGGGCAUAGCCGUCAUUCGUUAAAGAAUCCCAUUCCAUUCCUGAACUGUCGGCGGCUCGGCCUCGCCCCUUCCUCAGCUUUCCCGGAGGAAUUCGAUUCCCCCACAUAAGAAAGAAAAGCAGAGGACCCGGAAGCAGAGGGUGAGCGAAGAUGGGGCUUCUCUCCAACAGGGUUGACAGAGAGAGCCUGAAGCCCGGCGAUCACAUCUAUUCUUGGAGGACUGCUUACAUUUACGCUCACCACGGCAUCUACGUUGGAGAGAACAAGGUCAUCCACUUCACCAGAGGGGGCCAAGAAGUCGGGACUGGGACGGCAUUGGACCUACUGCUGGUAAGCUCGGGACCGUCCCGAUCCCGUGUCCCGUGCCCGACCUGUACUCCUCCAGAGGCGGGCCACGGGGUUGUCUCAUCCUGCCUCGACUGCUUCCUCUCAGGUGGGAUCUUAUACCGCUUCGGGUACUCUGUCUCCCCUGCCCACUUCCUUGCGAAGGCCCGGGGUGGGACCUGCACCCUUGCUGUGUCCGACCCAAAUGACCUGGUGGUCCAUCGAGCAAAAUAUCUAUUGGAGAAUGGUUUCGGCUGCUACAACGUCUUUAAGAACAACUGCGAGGACUUUGCAAUAUACUGCAAGACGGGUCUCCUCGUGCUGGACCAGGGGACGAUCGGGCAAGGAGGUCAGGCGGUCUCCAUUGUGGGUGGGCCCCUUGCAGCAGUCCUUUCCAGCCCGAUCCGCCUUGUGACGACAAAUGUGUAUGGGAUGGCGGCAGUAGCUGUCGGAGUUUACUGUGCCAGCAGAUAUGCAGCCGAUAUAGGGAGCGGUAUGAGGAGGGAUGUGGUGAAGGUGUCCGUGGAGGACCUCACGACGCGGCUUGCCACAGGGUUGCUCCAAGUAAUCGAUCCUCUUCCCGUACCAGCCCCCGUCAGUUGAUUACUGCCAUUUGCUAUGGUCUCCUCUUGUUUGGAUAAUAAAUAAAAUAAGAUAUUCAGCAUUUCCUCAUUUUUUUGAGUAGUUACUUCCCCUGAGGUUCAAUAAUUUUUAUUUAAAGCAAGGGGAAUAGAAUAGUAUAUAUGAAACCUCCCUGUAAUUUGUUUGUUUUGGGGAUGCAUUGAAUCGUAACAAAUAGUUUCAUCUGCUCAAUGUUGCAGAUGUUCUGUCCGUUGUACUGUUCUUGGUUUUGUUUAAGAGACUGGUCUUGUUAUGCUUUC